CGAAGCAUGGCGUCCUCAGGCAGGUCUUACAAUGAUGCGAUUGACAAGCUCAACGAGCUCCAGACGCCGUUCGCGGUGAUUGAAGCCCGUCGCAAGGCCGGCAUCCUGCCCGACUCGGUCCUGGGCAUCGCAAAGAUGAGGACCUAUCUCACUCGAAUCGGAUACACACCCGCAGAUCUGGACCGCCUCAACAUCGUCCACGUCGCCGGCACAAAGGGCAAAGGCAGCACCUGCGCCUUUGUCGACUCCAUCCUGUCGCAGUACCAGCAGCGUCACGGCGGCAGCAGCAAUGGUCCGCGCAAGACGGGCCUCUUCACGUCGCCUCACCUCAUGGCCGUGCGGGAGCGCAUCCGCAUCGACUCGCGGCCCAUCUCCGAGGAGCUGUUUGCAAAGUACUUCUUCCAGGUCUGGGACCGCCUCGAGGAGUCGCGCGAGGCCCCCGCCGACGACGACGAGGACACGCCGUUUGGCUCCAAGCCCGUGUACGCGCGCUAUCUCACGCUCGUCAGCUGGCAUGCCUUUCUGCAGGAGGGCGUCGAGGUGGCCGUUUACGAGACGGGCAUAGGGGGCGAGUACGACUCGACGAAUCUCGUGGAGAAGCCGGUGGCGUCGGGCAUCAGCACGCUUGGCAUCGACCACGUCGCUGUCCUGGGCGACACGGUCGAGAAGAUUGCCUGGCACAAGGCCGGCAUCAUGAAGACGGGCUGUCCGGCAUUUACCAUUGAGCAGCUGCCCGGCGCAGAACAGGUGCUGGUCGAUCGCGCAAAGGAAAAGAAGGUCGAUCUCAAGGUUUUGAAAAUCGAUCCUCGCCUCGAGGGCGUCCGCAUCAGGCCCAACGCGGUGUUCCAGAAGAAGAACGCAACGCUGGCCAUUGCGCUUGCGGAAACGGCCUUGAAGAAGCUGGGUCUCGUCAAGGAGAUUCCUCAAGAUCGGCUCCCUCAGGAAUUCAUUGACGGAUUGGAAAAGUGCGUCUUCAGGGGCCGAUGCGAGGUCAAGCAGGAGAAGAAUGUCAUCUGGCAUCUCGACGGCGCGCACACGGCAGACAGCCUGAAGAUGUCAUCCAAAUGGUUCGCCAGCGAAAUCGCCGGCCAGACCGGCCCGAGGGUCAUGAUUUUCAACCAGCAAGGCCGCAUCGAAGCAGUCGACUUCCUCCCACCCAUCUGCACCACCCUCAAGGCCACGGCCCAGCAAGACAGACCAGCCUUUGACCACGUCGUCUUCUGCACAAACGUCACCUACGCCCAGACCGGCUACAAGCGCGACUUUGUCAACAACACCAUCGACCCGACCGAGGUCGACAAGCUCACUGUCCAGCGCAGCUUCGCCGAGAAAUGGUCCGCCAUCGACCCGCAGUCCAAGGUCGUCGUCCUGCCGACCAUUGAAGACGCGCUCAACUACGCGCGCGAGGUGGCUCGGGGCUUGCCUGAGGCGGGAGAGGACAAAGUGCUGGUCUAUGUCACGGGGAGUUUGCAUCUCGUGGGGGGUGCGCUGGGGAUUCUGGAGGAGACGGAUGCUCUGUAG